AUGGUAUCAUCCGAGGGGACUCUCUUACUGGCCAACAUAUGCGGGAAUACAGCAGAAAACUCUCCUGAGGCAUUCUCCCUUCCUUCGUCUGAAGAGAUCGUUCUAAUGUAUUAUCACCCCAGCUUUCCUCUGCCUCAACUUCUCAAAUCCAUCGCUUUGCUUCACUGUGUCUGCAACACUUCGAGGAUCAUCAAUGACAAGCAACCUCUCGCAAAGUAUCUAGCCACCCUGGGUCUCCAGCCCCUGGAAUCUCCUACCACGCCUACUGGAGAAGCGCUACCAGAGUCAGAGGAGAAAUUGCUUGAUGUGCUUGAGGAGGUGGACCUGUUGGCAGGUCUUGCAGUUGCCCAGCACCCUCACCUUCGCCAAUGGCGACCGUCCGCAAAUCCCUCCCAACGCUCCGAAAAUCCCACCUCACCCACCUACGGAGACAUCUCCCUUACUAUACCCUACCAACACAUUCUCCUCACGAUGGAACUGCGUCCUCGGCCUCGCAGCACACCGAGCCCAAGCCCUGGAUGCCAUGGACGUUUCGGAGCCUGCAGGAGGGCCUCUAAACACCACAUCCCCAACUUUACGCUCUUCACUGGCUCUCCCCCUCUGCACUUUUCCACCAGCCCCUUGGCCUGUAAAGCACACAAAGAGUUUGUGUGUAUGUUCAUCAACCCGAUGGAAGAACUUGCUCCGAUCGAGGUGAACGAGUGCAUUCAGAUGGAGCUGGAGGAUUCGCUCGAAGAGGCGUUGGAGAGGGCUGUCGAUGGGUGUAGCGAGGAUCUUGGGGAUCUCUUAUCUGGAGUGGUGAAGGGGUACAAGCCCUCGUUAAAGAAGCCCGACAAACCCAAGAAGAAGGCGGAGGCGAGGUAUCAUGGGCUCCUGCCUUUUGUGGAUUUGUUCGAUGUGCAGCUUGCGGGGACGGAGGGGGAAAAGUUUUGUGAUCAGCUGAAGAAGUCUGGGAGGUUGAUGAAGAGGCCGCACCUCAUUAUCGUGCAUAGGACUGAGCUGCCCGCGUUGAGGAGUUGUGGGAUCGGUGUGCGGGGUUCCAAGCAUCCAGCUCUCCAUCUUUGCUCAAGGCAGGCUCAGGGAGAGCAUGGUUUGGGAUGGGAGGGUGAUGGCUGUAAGGUGGGCGGCGAACGGCAGGAGGGUGCGCUGUUCGUUUCGGGGUUGUUGGAUGGGAAGGUGCCGCCUGUGGAGAUGCAGAAGAGCCCUAAACCAUGGUCAGAUUUCAUCAUAACUCGCCCGAUCUCAGCAGGUCGCCACUCACCCUCUUCUCCACCUGUCUUACCCUCACAGUCAUCCACCUAUCUUCCCCUCCACUUGUCCACAAAUUUAGGUCUCGCCUUCACAUCAUCGGCAACCCAUCCAAACCGCACCUUAGCUACUCAUGACAAUACAUCUGUCACUGGCAACUCUCGUGAAACACACAAUGAGGGAAAUGGAGCUGUAAGACCCAUGCACUGUCUUGACCCGCUUGAUACUUUGAAGCCAUUCUUUGAAGCUAUCGUCACCAGCUUAAGAAUCCAAGAUUUGUGGAUCGAAAAAACCGAAGCUCGGCAAAGUGGACCUAACGAUGACUUCAUUAGGAUACAUAGUAAUUUAUUAUCCUGUUUCACCCUUAAGAAAAAGUUGUGCCCGGCCCCAUUUUGA